UCAGACUUUUAGUGGCAGCAGCUGCAUCUCCUCCUACUCCUCUUCUUCCUCCUCCUCCACUCCAUCACCACCGGGCAGUGGAUCCGUUGGACGACCUGCCCAGUGUGUCGGGGAAACGUGCAACAUGCCCGCUGAACACUUCCAGUCGUCGCUUGUUCAAACUCUGGUGGGAUUUACGGGGACGAGCGGACGGAGACUCUUGGUGGAUCCGAGGCGCAGGGAGCUGUAAGUUGGGCGGUAAAGUGGGAAACUUUCCAUCUGGAGCAGGUUUUAUAAUUUGAUGGACGUGCUGCGGUGGAGGAGAUCACCUCGGGCAUCACCACCCGCUGCUGCUGCUAGCGGUCGCCGCUGCGCACCGUGACGCGCCGGGUUGCGCGGCGAGGACCCCCCGGCUGAUUCACCCGGAGAGCGCGGGGACAGAAACAAAAGAAACAAACAGUGCUUCUUAAAUCUCCUCAACUCUGGAUUUAUCAAUUCAGGCUCCUGUGUGGUUUCGUAUCCCGGAGAUGCCACCUGUGUCUCGCCUACGUCCUCCUGUGGAUGGGAUCGAGAUGGAUGUGGCGCCGUGAGGAGGCACCAGCUCCCGGAUAAUUACAGCUCGGACUUUUUGGCUGCCGGUGCGGCUCUCGGCUCUUCCUCAUGCAGCUCCUCCGGCCGGCCUGGGCUCUGACUGCCGCUGCGGUCUGCAUCCUGCUCCUGCUGCUGCUCCACAACCACAUCCUCAGAGAAGGUCAGCUGGCGGCGGGGACCUGUGAGAUUGUUACUCUGGACAAGGACAGCAGCCAACCAAGGAGGACCAUCGCACGACAGACGGCCCGCUGCGCCUGCAGGAAGGGGCAGAUCGCCGGGACGACACGAGCCAGACCGGCCUGUGUCGAAGUUCGUAUCGUCAGGAGCCGACAGUGGUGUGAGAUGACUCCUUGUUUGGACGAUGAAGGUUGUGAUCUCCUGGUCAAUCAGUCGGGCUGGACCUGCACGCAACCAGGAGGCCGAGUCAAGACCACCACGAAACCCUGUCUGAGCGUCUGAGAGCUGACGGGCAGAGUCCUGCAUCACAACACCUAACCUCCUUCUCUCCUCUCCUGCGUUCUGGCUGGUGGGCUUGAGACAAGUCCGUCUGCUCCCUGAAAAACGGCUGUGUCUGGUCUGUGGGUUUUCUCCUCUUUCGGGAACUUGUUCUGAAGCUGGACAGCAGAAUGAGCAGCUGCUCUCUGAUCACUGGAGCGUCGCUUCACGGCCUCUCAACGACACAGAGGGACGAAGAAACACAACUGUAACUACAGCACAUCUCAGAGGAGGGACAUGUUUGAGGCCUGAGUCUUUCCUUCAUCUGUGACUUUUUCAUUCUGCCCUGACUGACACAUAAAAUCAUUUGUUCUGCCUGUUUCUAUUUGCUUAGUCACUAUCUUUUAACGUGUUUAUGUUUCAUUUUUUUAUGGCACUGAAUUGAACUAAAUUUAAAUGUGUUUUGAAGGC